UGGGGGAAAUUGUGCAGAACAUGUUAUGAGCAGCUGAAAUUAAAAAAUACUGGUCCUUGGAAAAGAUAAGAGGAUAAAAAUUAUAUUCUCAGAAAGUGAGGACAAUGACCUGGAUAAAGAAAGGGAGAAGAUGAUGAGGCAUAUAAAAAGGAAGAAAUCAUUGCAGGCAUCUGCUCCUGCCAACAUUCUGAGUCAACCUGAAACAUUUUUAAUCAAUAAACAGAAAGAGCUUCAUAUUCAGGAAGAAACUUUCUGUACCGUGAAAGUAGCAGUGAUGAUGAAGAGCCUUUAUUUCAACUAUCCAAGGUAUAACUGUGUGCCAAACGUAGUCUCCAGAGGAAGCUGACAGGCACCAUGAGAGAAAACUGCUGCCUAAGGCAGUCAAGAUGGUUGCCACUUCUACCGCUCCUUACUAGCAGAAGCGACCGUCCCACACCUCCCUCCAACCCCCUUCCAGUUAGCUGUGGAGAGCGAGCAGCCUCCCGCUCUGCCUCAGCCGCCCCUCGCCCGCGCCCGUGCCGUCACAGAGGCGGGUAACGGCCGUUGCCUUGGGCGCCCGUUGGACAGCGUCCCGAGCUGCACUGGCACCCCCCGCUGGAGCAGCCGGGAGCAGCCGCGCUCUUCGCCCGGGCAAGGGAGCAAAGUGGCAAGUUUGGGAAGGCGAAAAGAGAGACUUCGCUGGAGAUGGAGCGGGCCGGAGCCUGGAGCGCGCGGCUGGUGGAGCUCAUGUGCUGCAUGGAUGAGCGAGACAAGGUGCAAAAAAAGACUUUCACAAAAUGGAUGAAUCAGCAUCUCAAGAAGGUUCGAAAGCAUGUGAAUGACCUGUACGAAGAUCUAAGAGAUGGGCACAACCUGAUCUCGCUCUUAGAAGUCCUUUCUGGAGACACGUUGAGGAAAGCAGGAAAGAAUGCUAGGAGACCUGCCUGGAUGAGCAAGGAGCUCCUGGACACGCUGUCACACAAGAAGAAACUCUACAAGGAGUGGAAGAAAGGACAGCUAGAAUGGGGGGCAUAUAAGGAAGCUGCCUGAGCAGCAAG